AUGCCCAAUCAUCGAUCACGAACUCAUAAUAAAUCAUGUUGGUCAAAAUCUCGACCCAAUAAGAAAGCAUUUUGUUAUGUAUGUUAUACUUAUCAAGCAACUCAAUUAUUUUCAACAAAAUAUUGUUCUUCAUCGGUGCUCCAUCGAGUAUGUGAUGCAUGUAUACAUCAACAUAUCGUAUCAGCACUUGAUUCAUGUAUAGUAAGUUCUGUAACAUGUCCGGAAUCGAGUUGUUGUGCUAUUCUUUCACUGUCUGCUAUACGUGAUAUUUUAUUAAAGUAUAACGAUCAUGAUUUAUUAAAUAAUUAUUUACGUGAACAAAAUGGGAAAGGAAAAAGUGAAGAAUGGAUUCAACGUUUUACUUUACCAUGUCCAGGUUGUAAUGUGCCUAUCCAAAAAAAUGGUGGAUGUAAUCGAAUGGUUUGUAGUCGAUGUAAAAAAUGUUUUUAUUGGACAAAACUAACUAUGCUUGGUGAAGAUGUUAAUCUAACUGCCUGGAAUAUGUGCUUUAUGACAGGAUUUAUUAUUCUGGAAGGUUUUUUAGGUGAAUCAUCAAAUCAUCUUCGAUAA